AUGACAGCUCUGCUGGAACCCAGUCGAGCUUUAGAGUAUCUUGAUAUUGGGGAUUCACAUACCAAUCUGGAACCACAUGUGCCCUCGAUAAUGAUCAUCAGCAUCUCUCUGGUGUGGGCCUCACAUCAACUUCAAGUAAUGACAAUCGAGUUAGUCACCUCUAUGGUUUCAUUGACAAAGCUGCAAAGAGCCUUCUACGCGAAUUGA